AUGUCGUCUUACUACUUGGCUAUCGUUGGAACAAGAGAAAACCCGCUAUAUGAAGUGGAGUUUUCGUCGUUUAAAAGCUCAACUUCGAGCACGAUCUCGUCGUCAUCAACGUCGGUGUCAUCGUCUAUAACAUCGCAAGCUAUGCCAAGUUCCAAUGCAGUGUCGCAUAAUGUCAAUAAUAGCAGUGGCAGCAUCAACAAGGAGCCGGUCCAUGUGCCGGGUAAGUCACAAUUCCCGCCUUCAACGAAGGAACUAUUGCCGUUUAUCGCUAGCUCGAGUUUAGACGUGAUUGAAGACCAGCAGUGGUCGACUCAGCUAUUGAAUCUAGGCAAAAUCGACCAGUUUUACGGUAUUUCGAUAAGCGCUUACAUUACUCAGGGUAACAUCAAGUUUAUACUAUGUUACGAUUCCAACAAGGAAGAGAAUAGCAUAAGACAGUUUUUCCAGGACAUAAACGACUUGUACGUGAAGGCUUUGAUGAAUCCGUUUUACAAUGUCAACGACGCCAUGGUGUCGCCAGAUUUCGAUCUCAAGGUUAAAUUGAUUGCAAAGAAAUAUCUUUGA